AAAGCUCCCGGGGGCUAGUGGGAGGGCGUUCGUACCCGGCUGAAAGAUGGCCGCUGCCGCCCAGUAGCCACCGCCCCGCAGGUUACUCUAGGCCCGCAUCUUCCGCCGGUUCCCGCGGACCGCCGCCGCCUCCUUACCAUGAAGCCAGUGAAUCGCCGCACCCUGGACUGGAUUUAUUCAAUGUUGCUCGUUGCGAUCGUAUUACUCUCCUGGGGAUACGUCAUUUAUGCAUCAACAGUAGCUGCACGACGACAGCUAACGAAGGAAUACCCAGACAGAAUCUUCGAGAUGAAUGAAAAUUUGUAAUUCCUUUGGAUUUAAUUCUCUGCAAAUACAAUUCUUUACCUCAUCCUUAUCUGAUACCUGUUUAGAUUAAAAAAUAAAAUCCAUAAUGUAAAAUUUUGAACUUUA